AUGGUGAAGUUGGCGACGGCGCGCGAGUGCCGCGCAUACAGCCUCGGCGCCGGCGCGGGUUCCGGCACGGCGUCGCGCAACCGGUGGGAGUACAUCAACGCCGGGGUGUACAUCUUCGUGGCGGUCCUCCUGGUCGGCGGGUUCCUGGCGCAGCUCCCGCCGUGGGGCGGGUGGUCCAGCAGGCCGGGGCUCGUGGUGACCGCGAUCGGGCUCGCCGGCGUGCUGGCCGUCAACGCGCACGACCUCCUGGCGCACGUCGCCGGCGUCGAUUACCGCCUCGGAAUGGUGGCCGGGCUCGACGCGCAGCUGGCCCUCGUCGAGCUCGCCGUCCCCGCCGUGCAGAUCGUCGGCACCGUGCUCAUGCUCGUCGCUGUCAUCUUCUUUGAGAUUCAGAUGGAGAGAGGGUACCGGCACAGCCUAGCCAUGCACGGCCUGAACCUGCUCAUAGCCGGGCCGGCGCUGUGGUGCCUGGGAUCCGUGCACAACAUCUGCCAGGUCUACGAGCGUGCCAGCGGGCACGUCCAGCUCCUGCAGAAGAGCGUGCAGAUCCCGCUGCUUCUGGGGAGCACCCUCUUCCUCAUCGCCGGCAUCGUCAACCGGCACGACCCCCGCAGCCGCCACUCUGCCUUCGUGCUACUGGGGAGGAGCUGGGCGUGGUUCUGCCUGUUCGGGAGCCUCCUCUUCCUGGCCGGCGGCGUGCUGAACCUGCUCAAGGUGUUCAAGACGCAGCAGAUGGGCGGGCGGGGCCUGGAGAAGCUGCGCGGCGGCGCGCAGGAGCUGCUGGCCCUGCAGAGGGAGGGCAAGGUGCCCCUCAUCCUGGAGCACGGCCACGGUGGCGGCGGCCGGACUAGGGGCCCUGCGUCAGGGGCGAUGGCGCCGCCGCCACCGCCACCGCCACCGCCAGGGUCCUACAAGGACGCGCUCGUCAGCAGCGCCAGCUAG